AUGUCCAUCCCCGUGCCCAACGACUACAACAAGUCUCUUUACGAGCCUCUGGCCCAGGCCGACCCUGAGGUCCAGAAGAUCAUCGAGGAUGAGACCUACCGUCAGUUCUCGGGCCUUGAGCUCAUCGCCUCGGAGAACUUGACCUCCCUCGCUGUCAUGGAGGCCAACGGCUCCAUCCUGACCAACAAGUACUCCGAGGGUCUCCCUGGCGCCCGCUACUACGGCGGCAACGAGCACAUUGACAAGCUCGAGAACCUCUGCAGAGAGCGAGCCCUCAAGGCUUUCGGUCUUGACCCCGCAGUCUGGGGUGUCAACGUCCAGCCCUACUCCGGCUCGACUGCCAACUUCGCCACCUUCACCGCCCUCCUCCAGCCCCAGGACCGUAUCAUGGGUCUCGGCCUGCCAUCCGGCGGUCACCUGACCCACGGCUACUACACUGCCAAGAAGAAGAUCUCGGCCUCGUCCAUCUACUUCCAGUCCUUCCCUUACCAAGUAGACACCCAGACUGGUCUCAUCGACUACGAGGGUCUCCACAAGAACGCUGACCUCUUCAAGCCGCGCAUGGUCAUCUGCGGUGGAUCCGCCUACCCUCGCGAGUGGGACUACUCUCGCCUCGCCGAGACGGCCAAGUCGCAGGGCGCCUACCUCAUGGCCGACAUUGCGCACAUUUCGGGUCUCGUUGCCGCCAAGGUGCAGAACAACCCCUUCGACUACUGUGACAUCGUCACCACGACGACCCACAAGACGCUUCGUGGUCCUCGCGCCGGUCUCAUCUUCUUCCGCAAGGACCGCGACUCCGAGGUCGAGGGCAAGAUCAACGCUGCCGUCUUCCCCGCCUGCCAGGGUGGUCCCCACAACAACACCAUCGCUGGUAUUGCCGUUGCACUCAAGCAGGCUGCUGACCCGGCCUUCAAGGAGUACGCUACUCAGGUCAUCCGCAACUCGCAGGCUGCUGCCAAGAAGCUCCACGAGCUGGGCUACAAGCUCCAGACAGACGGCUCGGAGAACCACCUUGUCCUCUGGGACCUGCGUCCGAUCCAGCUCACAGGCUCCAAGCUCGAGAGCCUCACGGACCUGUGCCACAUCACGGUCAACAAGAACGCCGUCGUUGGCGACGUCUCUGCCAUGACUCCCGGCGGUGUCCGUCUCGGCUUCGCUGCCCUCGCCUCUCGUGGUAUGAAGGAGAAGGACAUGGAACAGGUCGUAGAGUUCCUUCACCGUGCCGUCCAGCUCUCCCUCGAGAUCCAGAAGUCGUCGGGCAAGAAGCUCGUUGACUUCAACAAGGCGGCCGCUCAGCACGAGGGCGUCAAGAAGCUCUCCGACGACGUCGAGGCCUUUGCGACUCAGUUCCCUCUGCCUGGUGUCCCGGACACUUCGGUCAUCAAGAAGCCUGCCUCCCACUAA